AUGGUGACAGAAUUCAUCUUAAUUGGGUUAUCUGAACACCCCAGAGCACAGGCUGUGUUCUUUGGGUUCCUCUUGAUGGCAUACCUCAUCAGCCUCCUUGGCAACAGCCUCAUCAUCACGUUGACUAUCGCUGACCCCCGGCUCCAUAAUCCCAUGUAUUUCUUUCUCUGCGUCCUCUCGUCAAUUGACCUCAUUAUCACCAGCAACACGGUCCCUGAGGUCUUGGCCAACUGCCUCCUUUUCAUGCCCACCAUCUCCUUCUACAGGUGUCUGGUCCAGAUGUACGUUGGUCUGUUUCUCGUCUCGACAGAAUGCGUCCUGCUAGCCAUCAUGGCCUACGACCGCUUUGCGGCGAUAUGCCAGCCUCUUCACUACAUGCAGAUCAUGAGCUGGAAACUUUGCGUCAGUCUGGUGUCUGCCUCUGUGGCCCUCUCCUUCCUGAUCACUCUCAUUACUGUGCUGUUGCAGCCGACUGACUUCUGCGGCCACUACAUUAUCAACCAUUUUGUGUGCGAGCUGCAGUCUUUUCUGAAGCUAGCCUGCUCUGACACUCGCGUCAGCGAGCUGUUCAUGCAGAUGUCAAGCCUCUUAAUCUUAAUACCGCCCUUUGGUUUUAUUGUUGUGACCUACGGGCGCAUCGCUUUGGCUGUGUUGCGCAUCCGCUCGACAUGGGGCCGCAAGAAAGCCUUCUCCACCUGUAGUUCUCACCUCACAGUGGUCAGUAUCUUUUACGGGGCUAUCAUGAUCAUGUACUUAAAGCCUCAGCAGAAAUCUCCUUCUGAAGAGGAAAAGAUCAUCUCUGUAAUGUACGGGGCUCUGACUCCCAUGCUCAACCCGCUGAUAUACAGCUUGAGAAACAGGGAUGUGAAGGGGGCUUUCUGGAAGGUGGUUAGCAGAAAAAGGUAA